GCAACCACCGCUGCCGCCAUGCACCCCAUCUCUCUUAAACUUGCCGCCGCUUGCUCAUCGCCGAUCUCCAUUCCACCGCCCACCCCUUUUUUCAAUCGAUUACAAUCGCCACCGCUGCCACUUAAUCGCAACACCAUCGCCACCGUCAUGCACCCCCCACCCCUCUCAGAUUCAUCGUUGCACCAAUGCCUAGCCAUCCCACCUCCAUCUCCCUCCUUCAAAGCCUGAUUUCAAAAGUGGUGCAAAUUGUGAUGCUAGUGUGGGUGAAAAUGGCAGAGAGUGGUGAUGUCGAUGGUAAUGGUGAAAAAUCAAUAGCGGCAAUGGUGGAUUUUGACAGCAGAGGCACAACAGCGACGAAGCAGGGCUUGGCGGUGACAGAGAAUCAAGUGAUAUUGGCAGGGACACGGCGGUGCCAGCGGUUGGAGCGUUGCAACUCGGAGUUAGUGGGCAUCAGCAUCAGCAACAAGCGCGUCCAUCUCAGUGUCGCCGAAGAAGGAGAAGAUGACGAAGAAUCAAGUACCACCGAUGAUGUUCUUUUGCAGCUCGUCAACGAUUAAUCUUUUACCACUAUACAAUCCAAAUGUUUGGCCAAUGUUAUUCAAUAACAUAAUCGAUACCCCCUUUUUUAAAACAAUUUUGUGGGUUGGGAUUUUUUAAAAUUCAAUUUCAUUCAAAAAUUAAAAUGUUGUUUAUCCU